GUCGGUGUGUCGGUGUACUAUACGGUGGUUAAUUUUCGCUACCAGGCUGCGAAAAUAAACAAAGCAAGCUUGAAAAAGGAAAAAGGGUGGGAAAAUAAACUAUAAAAACAACAAACAGAAAAGUGCUCGGUAAAAAACAAACCGUGAUAGCGUCAUAUACAUGAGACACGAAGAGUCUUGUAAUGUGCCCGACGAUAACGACACACGUGCGUAAAAUGCAUGCGUGACUAAAAGGAGGAGGGAAGUACCACCAGAGACAAAGUAGAGACGAGUCACUCUUAAAGAGGAGGAGAUGAGACCAAGCACAACAAAAGGAAGCAAAGAAGAGUAGAAAAAGAGAGCCUGUUGAGUUAAGUUAAAUCAUUGCAGACAUCAUGAUGGCAUUACUUGAAAUAAUCACCGGGGUCCUAUUGGCGAUUUGGGCCUACGCGACAAGCUACCGGCCCCAUUGGCUUUUUUCUAAAGAAAAGAUUCCCGGACCCGUGCCGAUACCAGUUCUCGGGACCAGGUGGAUCUUUUCGUGGUUCGGACGCUACGAAAUGGAUAAAAUUCACGAUGCAUACAAAGACAUGAAUCAAAGGUACGGUCCGCUGUGCAAGGAGGAAGCGCUGUGGAACCAUCCAGUUAUAUCAGUAUUUUCACGGCAUGACAUUGAGCUGGUGAUACGCCGGGGCUGCAGGUACCCGAUGCGCCCACCUCAGGAGGUCAUAUCAUCUUACAGACGAUCUCGUCAAGAUCGUUACACCAAUCUUGGCCUUGUCAACGAGCAGGGGGAAACAUGGCACAAAUUGCGAGAAGCUCUUACGCCAGAGCUCAUGGGAGCCAGCACAGUCCUCGGAUUUUUCCCCGCCCUCAAUCAAGUAUCUGACGAACUGAUUGAUCUCAUAAAUUAUCACAGGACCGGAGACACUGUCCACUCUUUCGAAGACAUCGCAUACAAAGUUGGUCUUGAGACUACGUGUACGUUAAUUCUCGGAAGACAUUUGGGAUUUUUAACGCCCAAUUCGAGUUGUCUUACUGCGAGGUUGGCCAGAGCCGUGAGAAUACAUUUUACUGCUUCUCGCGAUGCAUUUUACGGAUUACCGCUUUGGAAAAUAUUACCCACAAAGGCUUACAAACAAUUGAUCGAGAGUGAGGAUGAAAUUUACAGCAUUAUUUCCGAGCUGCUGGACACAACAAUAAGAGAACAGAAUGAAAACGCGCAUGAUGAACCGGUGGAGGCUGUUUUUCAGUCCAUUUUGAGGGAGAAAAAUCUUAAUAUCAAGGACAAGAGAGCUGCUAUUGUCGAUUUUAUAGCUGCUGGAAUACACACGCUAGGUAACACCCUGGUAUUUAUCUUCCAUUUAAUUGGAAGCAACUCGGCGGUCCAGAAAGAGCUUUACGAAGAAGUUAUAAACCUGGCUCCAGCAGGCUGCGAUAUCGCGGCUGAAGAUCUCAACAGCGCAAAAUAUUUACGCGCCUGUAUCACUGAAGCGUUUCGGGUAAUCCCCACGACACCUUGUAUCGCAAGAAUUUUAGACGAACCAAUUAAGCUGUCUGGCCGCGAAGUGGAGGCGGGUACUGUUGUUCUUUUGCACACGUGGAUAGCAGGUUUACAGGACUGUAAUUUCAAGAAUGCCAAGGAAUGGGUGCCCGAGAGAUGGCUGAGCCCCCUCGCACCCCACAGCCCGCUUCUGGUGCAGCCUUUUGGGUUUGGACGCAGAAUAUGCCCCGGCAAGCGGUUCGUCGAGAAGGCGCUUCAACUAAUCGUCUCUAAAGUAGUACGUCAAUACGAAAUAGUCGCUAAAGACGAGCUGCAAUUGCAGUUUGAGUACAUUCUUGCACCCAAGGGUCCCAUUUCCCUCGACUUCAAAGAUCGCCAAAUUACACACUAAUUACUAGUUAUUAUUAUUUUAGUCACUAAUUAUUCUUCUUCACUUCAUUCUUUAUCUUCUUCUUAUCUGAUCUUUUCAUCAUUUGUAUGUAUAUUUAAAAAAAAAAUUUUUUUUCUUCUACAAGUACUUUCACAAUUUCAUUUAACUAACUAUUUAUUGUUACUCAACUCCAUUUUAUCGUAGUUACACUUUCAUACUCGCCAAUUAAUCUUAUUCAAUCACUGCAUGUAUAAAUAUUUCAUAAUUUCCAU